UUUGGUUUUUCUUUUUGCCCAGCGUUGUGGCUAAAGUGAACGUAGGCACUUACGUGUGCAGAUUUGUGCAUACUUCUCUCUGUGUGACCUACGUUAAAGUCCAGGAAGAAGACGUGUGUCGCACCCCUGGUUCAACACUCUGCACGCGUGCGUACGAUUACACAAGGUGCUAUGCUGGUGCCGGGACCUGCUUUCCCCCUACACCUGUAGCGGAGUGUGCAGGAGAAGAACGGAAAAGGAGGAGGAAGCUGGGUCGGAGCCUUGUUAGACCCAGCUCUGUCACUAUUGUCAGCUGGAUGGGGGUUUUGGUGUGCUGUGACUGCUUCUUCUAUAGGAAGUCGAAGACGAAGCCCAAUGGAAAGAAGCCUCCAGCAGAAGAGAAGAAGCAGUACCUGGAGGCGGAGUUUACAAAAAUCCGCGUGGUGGACUUCGACCUCAAAGAACUGGUGGUGCUUCCCAGAGAGAUAGACCUCAAUGAAUGGCUUGCCAGUAACACCACAACAUUCUUCAAUCUAAUUAACCUGCAGUACAGCACCAUCUCAGAGUUCUGCACUGGGGACACUUGUCAAGCCAUGACGGCCUGCAACACAAUAUACUACUGGUAUGACGAGAGGGGGAAGAAAACAAAGUGCACUGCUCCUCAAUACGUUGACUUUGUCAUGAGUCUUUGUCAGAAACUGGUCACAGACGAGGACAUCUUCCCAACAAAAUACGGCAAAGAGUUCCCCAAUUCGUUUGAGUCCUUGGUAAAGAAGAUCUGCCGGUACCUGUUCCAUGUGCUGGCUCACCUCUACUGGGCGCACUUUAAGGAGACGGUGGCGCUGGACCUGCAGGGCCAUCUGAACACUCUGUAUGCACAUUUCAUCGUUUUCGUAAGGGAAUUCAACCUGGUCGACCCCAAGGAGACCUGUAUCAUGGACGACCUGUCCGAAAUCCUCUGCAUCCCCGCCCCAGCCCCGGCACCCGCCACCCCAGCCUCUGCCCCCUCCCCCUCCUCACAAAACCACGUGACGGAGAGAUGAGCGGGGGGAGCUGUGGUGGACCGCCAGCCCCGGGGGUGAUAGAAGAUAAGAUAGAGGAGAGAAAGAAAGACAGCCUGGCCCCCUUCCUAGGCCUAAGGCGCCAGCAGGACUUAAGAGACCUUCCACUACCCUUAUAUUUCGCUACGACACCAACCAGCCAGCCGGAAGGAAAAGGGGGUGGGAGGGUUUUUCAAGGGGGGGGGAG